AUGUACUCUCAACCAGGGCCGACUGCCGUUUCAAUCUCGUCCAAGGCUCAUCAGCACCCCCAGCGCAACUCGAGCCUUGAUGGAAGAACAUUUCAUCUAGACCCAUUAACCACUGCGCCAUACUGCGGCAAAUGCCUUCAGAUCACGGAGAAGAUGUUACUAUCAAAAAAGGCCAUUCCUUUUCCCAUAUCAUAUUCUGCGUCCCCGUUCGGCCAUCCGCUUUUCACGGCACUCCCCGUCCUGCCAUCGGCUUUUCACGACCCGUACGGUGACCAAACAAGGAAGCGGAAGAUGAGGGAGGCCAUUGACAUCGUUAGGGAUACAAAUCUAAUGAACAGGAGAUUGGAGGAAGGUGUAGCAAGACCAGCAAAAAGGAGACGCCUGGAUCAAGGAUCUAUCGCCAGCCUGAGAAAAAGUGAUCGCGAUGAAGAAAGUGGAGGGGGGGGGGCAAGGGUUUUCGGCAAUAAAGCGAAGACGUCGUCAGUACAUGAUGUCCGUUUCGAAUAA